AUGGCGGCUGCGCAGCGACUGGCCAAUCAGAGAGCGGGUAAGGAGUGCCUUUCCAUCCACGUUGGUCAGGCCGGCGUCCAGAUCGGGGACGCUUGUUGGGAACUCUAUUGCCUGGAACAUGGAAUCCAGCCGGACGGCAUCAUUCCCGAAAGGAAUCCACUGGAAAAUGCUAAAACGGAGCAAGAGAACGCGUCUUUCAAUACCUUCUUUUGCCAGACGAGAGCUGGGAAGCACGUGCCCAGGGCACUCUUCGUGGACUUGGAACCAACUGUUAUAGACGGGAUCCGGACCGGGAGGCACCAAGCCCUCUUCCACCCGGAGCAGCUCCUCAGCGGGAAGGAGGAUGCUGCCAACAACUACGCCCGGGGCCGCUACUCAGUGGGAUCCGGGGUCAUCGACCUCGUGCUGGAGAGGACCCGGCAGCUGGCAAAGCGGUGCAGCGGACUUCAGGGAUUUUUGAUUUUUCGCAGCUUUGGAGGGGGCACUGGGUCGGGAUUCGCGUCUCUGCUGAUGGAGCAGCUCUCGGUGGAGUACGGCAGGAAGACGAAACUGGAGUUCUCCGUCUAUCCGGGCCCCAGGGUCUCCGCGGCCGUGGUGGAGCCGUACAACGCUGUCCUCACCACCCACUCCACCAUCGAGCACGCCGACUGCACCUUCCUCGUGGACAACCAGGCCGUCUACGACAUGUGCCACCGUAAGCUGGGCGUCGAGCGCCCCUCUUACGCCGGCAUCAACAGACUGAUGGUCCAGGCCGUGUCUGCCAUCACCGCUUCCCUCCGGUUUCGGGGGCCCUUGAACGUGGACCUAAUCGAAUUCCAGACCAACCUGGUGCCUUACCCGAGAAUCCACUUCCCCAUGACAACCUUCGCCCCCGUUGUCCCCGCCGACAGGGCCUUCCACGAGCAGCUCUCCGUCGCGGACAUCACUGCCGCCUGCUUCGAGCCCUCCAGCCACCUGGUCCAGUGUGACCCUCGGCGUGGGAGGUACAUGGCCUGCUGCCUGCUCUACAGAGGGGACGUGGUCCCCAAGGAGGUGAACGCCGCCAUCGCAGCCGUGAAGUCCAGGCACCCUGUCCGGUUUGUGGACUGGUGUCCGACUGGCUUCAAGGUGGGCAUCAACAACCAGCCGCCCACGGUGACGCCGGGAGGGGACCUGGCCGGGCUGCAGCGGGCCGUGUGCAUGCUGAGCAACAGCACGGCCGUCGUGGAGGCCUGGGCCCGCCUGGACCACAAGUUUGACCUCAUGUAUGCCAAGAGGGCGUUUCUGCACUGGUACCUCAGGGAGGGCAUGGAGGAGGGGGAGUUCUCGGAGGCCCGGGAGGACUUGGCAGCCCUGGAGCAGGAUUACGAGGAGGCGGGGAAGAGCUUCUCCGGCAAGGACGGCUGGUGGAAAUGA